GAGAAGGCUCACUGUCUCCCAUGAAAUACAGUUCCCAGAGUCUCCUAGCAUUGAGCCAAGGUCUCAAACUGGAUUUAGUUCUGCAUUGUAUUCUGGCUCUUUGACACUUGGCUGUCGCUAGGAAUAGUGUUUAUUCGGCUUUCAUUAAGCGAGUAGAAAGAUAGUAGUACCCUUUCUUUUUAGGACGGAGGAAGACGAUGGUCCAUUGCCCCCUUUGAGGUGUUUCAGGGUACGUAGGAGGUAUAUCCCCCCAUUUUCAAGCCCCCUUCUCUCUCGCUUUCGCCGCAGACCCGGUCUAGAAAGAGGGACAGCGCUAUAACGCGACCCAUUUCAGUGACUUCCAGAUGCCCUCUGCUUCGUGGGAUGGAAAGGAGCACCUUUCACAUGUGUCACUGCGCUAGGAUUUAAAGCCGCCGGUGUUUGGGAUGGAGCCGCGUUGUUUCAAAAGGCGCAUGGGGGAAUCUAUGCGAGUCGAAGAAGCGCGGACGGGGACACUCACCAUAAUGCUAAACGGAGACAUAUAUAUUCUUUACCAACAAGGCCGACUAUGCCAGCUGGGUAGUGAAUUUUGCGAGCUAGAAGUUUUUGCGAAGGUGCUUCGAGCUUUAGAUAAAAGACAUCUACUUCAUCACUGCUUUCAGGCAUUGAUGGACCACGGGGUAAAAGUGGCAUCGGUUUUGGCCUAUUCAUUCAGCAGGAGAUGCUCCUAUAUAGCAGAAUCGGAUGCUGCUGUAAAAGAAAAAGCAAUCCAGAUUGGAUUUGUUUUAGGAGGAUUCCUCUCAGAUGCUGGCUGGUAUAGUGAUGCUGAGAAGGUCUUCCUUUCCUGCCUUCAGUUAUGUACGCUUCAUGAUGAGAUGCUUCACUGGUUUCGUGCUGUCGAGUGUUGUGUCAGGUUGCUUCAUGUUCGGAACGGCAACUGUAAAUACCACUUGGGAGAAGAAACCUUCAAGCUGGCACAGUCGUACAUGGACAAGCUAGCAAAGCACGGCCAGCAAGCCAACAAGGCAGCGCUGUACGGAGAGCUGUGUGCCCUGCUCUUUGCAAAGAGCCAUUAUGAUGAGGCUUACAAAUGGUGUAUAGAAGCCAUGAAGGAGAUCUCCGUGGGCUUACCUGUCAAAGUAGUUGUGGAUGUUUUACGGCAAGCUUCAAAGGCUUGCGUGGUAAAACGCGAAUUUAAGAAAGCUGAGCAGUUGAUAAAACACGCAGUGUAUCUAGCGCGGGAGCAUUUUGGAGCCAAGCACCCUAAAUAUUCAGACACGCUACUAGACUAUGGGUUUUAUUUACUCAACGUAGACAACAUCUGUCAGUCGGUUGCAAUUUAUCAGACGGCGCUAGACAUCAGGCAGUCUGUGUUUGGUGGGAAAAACAUCCACGUAGCUACAGCUCACGAGGACUUGGCUUAUUCUUCGUAUGUUCACCAGUACAGUUCAGGAAAGUUUGACAACGCACUAUUCCACGCCGAACGUGCAAUUGGUAUCAUAACCCACAUCCUCCCAGAAGAUCAUCUUCUCCUUGCCUCCUCCAAAAGAGUUAAAGCCCUUAUUUUGGAGGAGAUUGCCAUUGACUGUCACAAUAAGGAAACAGAGCAGAGGUUGCUCCAGGAAGCCCAUGACUUGCACCUGUCCUCGCUCCAGCUUGCAAAGAAAGCGUUUGGGGAGUUCAACGUGCAGACGGCCAAACACUACGGUAACCUGGGCCGGCUUUACCAGUCGAUGAGGAAAUUUAAGGAGGCGGAGGAAAUGCAUAUCAAAGCAAUCCAGAUCAAGGAGCAGCUUCUGGGCCAGGAAGAUUACGAAGUCGCGCUUUCCGUGGGACACCUGGCCUCGCUCUACAACUACGACAUGAAUCAGUACGAAAACGCCGAAAAGCUUUAUUUGAGAUCCAUAGCAAUUGGAAAGAAGCUUUUCGGGGAAGGUUACAGUGGACUAGAAUAUGACUACAGGGGCCUCAUUAAACUGUACAACUCCAUUGGCAAUUAUGAGAAAGUAUUUGAAUACCACAACAUUUUGGCUAACUGGAACCGGUUGCGGGAUCGGCAGUUUUCGGUCACGGAUGCCCUGGAGGAUGUAAGCACCAGCCCUCACUCCACCGAAGAAGUAGUCCAGUCUUUCCUGAUGUCUCAAAACGUCGAAGGACAGCUUUGCUAAGGAACUUGGGUCAGCUUUCCCGAUUGGGAUUUCCCUCCCCGUCCCCGACACCUUUUCGUUUUGCCCAAAUUUACAUGGGAAAAGUCAUACUGUGAAAUUUGAAACCAUAUAGUUCUUUCUUCUCCUUCUUCUCCUCCUUCUUCUUCUCGUUCUCCUCGAAGGGGCUGUAAAAAUUGCAUCGCAACACUGGUCCAGUCCAUACAAAACUCCCCCGUUUUGGGGGUGAUCUCAACUUCGGAUGGCGCGACCGUACACAAAACGAAUGUGUGCUAACGAAGAAAAUCCCUAUCCGCAUGAGUACGGCAUGUUUUGUUUUGGCUCGCGUUUUCAACUUGAGGGAGAGAGAGAGAAAUAUAUAUACAUAGAAAUAUAUAUAUAUAUAUAUAUAAAGAAAAGGAAAACAUAGACAUCCCUAACGAUCUUCUCUAUUUUUUAAUUUUGGGGUUUUUUUUUUCAGGGGGAGGGUUUGGUCGCCAAGAAGCCACUUUAUCGGAGAUCUCUGCAAGAGUAGAAAGAGAGAAAUAAAACCGUUUAACCCUUUUCAAGGAGUUGCAUUCUUCAUUGCGGAACGAAGGUGCCAGCUGGCUUGUAGGUCUGAUGAGUCCAAGUCAUAGGAUACCGUUUGGUUCCUCGCUUGACCUGGUAAAAAGUCUUAUUUGGUAUGGAUUGUCAGCAAGUCAAGAAUGGAUAUCCGGAUGCGGAGCGGGGAGAGAGGGUCUCGCUUCUUGCCUUGUGCUGCCUUACGAAGAAACGCGGCGACGAAUUUACUCCAGCCAAGCAACGCUUGGUUACGAACUGCGCUCAACUACCAUCUCUCGCCACCGCUUUUGCUUUUGACGCGCAUCUAAACUGGACCAGUGUUCAACCGGGAGUGAUAACGCAUCGACAUAGAGAUACAUACGUAUGUCUUGGCAGCCUUUUCUCUUCCUUUGUUCCCUUUUGUUUGGCACAGGGCAAAGUGUUUUCUCUAACAGGACCAGGAGAGGAUUGAAGCGGACCAGCCUGUCCUUAGAACGAGCCUCGGACCAAUGGCUUUCUGCCCCUCUGCGUUCGCUUUUCCCCCGGUAGAGUCAUUUCAUCGAGAGUGUAUUUCCAAUGAUAACAAGAGACUUUAUAUACGUGUGCUAGAUGACAAAAAGUAGGCGCUUCGACGUUCUUUGGCAGUUGCGACGGCAUGUCUUUUCAAUUGCAAAGGUUACGCAGGUAAACUAGAUGUUAAUGGCGUAAGCAAAACGUUACAAACGCUUCUCCCUUCCUAUUCCCAUCCCUAUUCGAAACACGCUCUCUCUAAAGGCUAUAGCUUGCUUUGUUGUCGUUCGAGAAACUAGAUUUGAUUUCAAUGAUCUGAAGAUGACCAUUUAUUGUACAGCUUUCAAAGAUCAGUGGAUAAUGCCAAAAAAGCACAACAGGUCGCUCUCUCUCUCUCUCUCUCUUUCUCUUUCUCUCUCUCUUUGUUUCCGUUCCUUCUUUUUUUACGUUAAACGAAACCCCAAUGUCUUUGUAUUUAACUUUUUUUUUUAACAGCAACAGUCUCAUACAUUCAAGAACAAAACAAGACAACUAUGCCUGUCUCACUUGCUUGUCUUAAUUUGUGCGUGUGUGCGAGCGCGCGUUUGUGUUUUUCUUUGGUUUCUUUUGCUUGAACCACCUUUUUAACAUUGCGGUAAUAAUAAUAAUAGUAAUAAUAAUGGACGUUUUCGGAGACCUAUGUAGCAUAUACACAACUAGGUUGGAAAGAAUAGGGGGACGUUGUUGCUCACUUACCUCAGUUCUUAAUACAGAGGCAUAGGCAGUGUCUCUGUAUUUAAGGGUAUCAUUGGAUGGUCUCCCCUAUUUUCAGGGGGUUUCUAAGUUGCCCGAAGCAACUGGGACCUUUCGACUUUUGGGAGUGAAUUUUAAUCAGUUUGAUUUUUUUAAUUGUGAGGUUCGGAGGGGGAAACAUACGGUCCAGAGUACAGCAAAGGUUAGCAGUCGGCAGUUUCGGAUACUGUUUAAUCCUAACUACUAUAGCAAUAGGCUCGGCUUUUAACCCUGGAAUAUUGCAAGCCGGCGGUUUUUUGUUUUAAACUAGUGCCUUUGGAAAAAAGAAACCGCCUCUUUCUUUUCGUUUUGUGCGCACGGGUCGGAAGGAGGGGACCCCAUGCUCAAAAGGAAGGCGUCCGUUUUUGGGAAGCGCACCUUCCGCACCUCUUGUCGUGGGAACCGACAGAGAGGCCAGUAAAGAUGUAGAAUUGCCCAUGAUGACGAGAGAUUACGGGCUUUUCCUUGUAGGUCAUGUUCCGCUUUCUGAGCACGGAGCUGUCUGAGUGGAUUCUGCGAAAGGUAGAUGAUUGAUUCCUGUUGAUUUUAUUUCUUUUAAACUGAACCUUUGCAAACAAAAUCAUGGUUUGUGCAACGGAUGCACCCAAAGUAACUCUUUCGUGGGGACAGGAGGGUGUGCUCUAAGGAGGAACCCAAGUCGAACUUGGAAAUGUUAACCUUUCUUUGACUGCGACUCCCAGAAAACCCCGGAGAUGAUGGUCCUCGCUGGUGCUUUCUGGAAGCUUUAGUCUAGAAAACCAGCAUUUCCAGGAAGCAAUGAUCCCUAGGCAGCCUCGGGACAUACACAACUCACUGCAAAAUAAGCAGAUAGUUCGGGUUUUGGAGGGCGUUUUCUUACCCACUUUGGCCCCAUACAGACAGGCCAAAAUAAAGCUGCUUCGGGUCUCUUUGGAGGUACGCUGUUUAAAUGAUGCAUGCGUCCUAAGAGUCCGGAAGCUGAGCCAAAG